ACAGACCUCGCAGCAGGCUCUUCAGGACAGAUUAGGCAGUGGGCACUGGGCUACACCCCGCUGCACAUUGCUGCUCUGCACAGGCACCGCUAGGUCAUGGACCUGCUCAUCCGGAGCUAUGGUGCCAAGCAAAACGUGCGGGAUUACAGCGGGCACCUGGCCAGACACUACCUGGGAGCAGAGAAGCCACUGGACAGAGCUGCCACGCUGCCCCAGCUGCCAGCGGUGCACGGCAGGAACAGGGCGCUGGCCUGUCUGCUCUUGCCCAAGGGCAGCGGCCAGGCCCGGAAGCGCUGGGGCUCUGCCGAGGACCUGACGGAGGAGGAGGAGUGGUGGCCGUGCCAGCCUCCAUGUCAACCGCACAGCUGGUGUUGGGGGAGACUCAGGCUGGCAACAAGCCGGGGGGGCCGCAGAGGGGUGUGGGGGGCCCCAAGGCCGCUGCCUCCCCCUCACCACACUGUCCUGCAGCUGCCCUGCACCUACCCGGCACCACAGGACGCCAACCUGCUGCCGCUGCAUCUCAGGCUCCUUGCACAGCCAGUGACAGCGGCUUACAACCUCCAGCUCCUGCCUGGCCUCAUGCUGGGUGCCCCCUGCUCCGGGCAGGGCCUGCCUACGGAGCUGUCCCGAGCCAAGGCAGCCACCUCCCGGGAGAGCACCAGCGCCCUGAAGGCCUGGCUGGGCCAGCACUUGAGGAACCCCUACCCCAGCAAGGGCGAGAAGGUCAUGCUGGCCAUCACCAGCAAGCUGAGCCUCGCACAGGUCUCCACGUGGUUUGCCAACGCCUGCCGGCGCCUCAAGAAGGAGAAGCGGCUGCAUUGGGCCCCCCGCAGCAAGUGGGACAGAGACGUGGGCAAGCAUCAGCCCGGUGUGCAGGGCGAGGGGCCGCAGGGUGAGGAGCCAGGUGGCAGCCCCAAGGAGGGCAGCCCUGGCCCCUGCCUGGAGUCAGAGCACCAGCGGCCAAGCCCCAAGCCCCAUGCUGCUGGGCUGAUGCAGGAGAUGCAGCCCAAGCUCUGGUGUCUGGCUGAGAUUGCGACGUGCCCCCGGCAGGAGCAGAGCUGCCGCCUACGGCUGGAGGUGGCACCGCCCAGCUGGGGCCCUGGGGCACCAGGGUUGGCAGAGGGAGCCACGUACGUCCUACCCCCCCCAGCUCAGCCUGGCCCUUCCUUGGCGAACCGAGUGCCACCGGACGCUCCCUCUGUGACAGAAGCAACCGGCAUGGGACUCACCGCGGGAGAGGGGGCUCAGCCCAUGGGAGCCCAGGCUGUGCACAGGCCCUCCCGGGUGGCCAGCAGUGCAACAGGCGGGGGGAGGGCUGUAGAUUUGGGGGAUGCUCUAGGGUAA